ACCGCCUGAUUUGGAUUUUAUUUCUUUCUUCCCAAAUUUAAUCAUAAGCUUCACAUCCUCCUUUCCCUCUCUUCUUGAACAGCUUGAUUUGAAUUUUUGGAUUUUCCCUGAUAUCAAUAUGUGAAAUCGAUAUAAACUUACAGCUUUGGAGGCAUUUAGAGAUUUAUAUCGUUGCCGCUCUUAACCACUUGUUAAAUGCAAUGCUUAUUAGCUGAGAAUACCAGAUUUAAUCAAAAUGUAAAAGAUAUAGUCAAUUCCAGAACACAUUGUUCAACACUGCAAUGUACACACUCACUCUCAAAGACACAAUUCUGGGCCACAUAAAGAGAUGUUUCAGCCCAAAAUCACUAGAAUCGGUAUAUGCCUCCAUGAUCAAGACUAAUACCACCCAAGAUUGCUUCUUGGUGAAUCAAUUUAUAAGUGCAUGUUCAAACCUUUCAUGCAUUAAUUUGGCAGCUUCAGCUGUUGCAAACGUGCAAAAUCCUAAUGUUUUGGUUUUCAAUGCAUUGAUUAGAGGUUGUGUUCAUUGCUGCUACUCAGAGCAGGCUUUGGUGCAUUAUAUGCACAUGCUGAGGAACAAUGUCAUGCCCACCAGCUAUUCCUUUUCAUCUUUGAUCAAAGCUUGCACUUUGUUGGUGGAUUCAGCUUUCGGCGAAGCUGUUCAUGGCCAUGUUUGGAAACAUGGGUUUGAUUCUCAUGUGUUUGUGCAGACUACUUUGAUUGAGUUUUAUUCAACUUUCGGUGAUGUGGGUGGCUCAAGAAGGGUGUUUGAUGAUAUGCCUGAAAGAGAUGUUUUUGCUUGGACGACGAUGAUUUCGGCUCAUGUUCGGGAUGGGGAUAUGGCUUCUGCAGGCAGAUUGUUUGAUGAGAUGCCUGAAAAGAAUGUAGCUACAUGGAAUGCCAUGAUUGAUGGGUAUGGAAAAUUAGGGAAUGCUGAGUCUGCUGAGUUUUUGUUUAACCAAAUGCCUGCAAGGGAUAUUAUUUCUUGGACAACCAUGAUGAAUUGCUAUUCUCGGAACAAAAGGUAUAAAGAUGUGAUAGCACUUUUUCAUGACGUGAUUGACAAAGGAAUGAUUCCUGAUGAAGUGACUAUGACCACCGUCAUUUCAGCAUGUGCUCAUCUGGGUGCCCUUGCCUUAGGAAAGGAGGUACACCUUUAUUUGGUGCUGCAAGGAUUUGAUCUUGAUGUGUACAUUGGAUCUUCAUUGAUUGAUAUGUAUGCAAAAUGUGGGAGCAUCGAUAGGGCCCUUUUGGUGUUCUACAAAUUGCAAACUAAAAACCUGUUUUGUUGGAAUUGUAUCAUUGAUGGGCUUGCAACACACGGGUAUGUGGAAGAAGCACUAAGAAUGUUUGGUGAAAUGGAGAGGAAAAGAAUCCGGCCAAACGCAGUUACAUUCAUUAGUAUCCUUACUGCUUGCACACAUGCAGGAUUUAUAGAAGAGGGUCGUCGCUGGUUUAUGAGCAUGGUACAGGAUUAUUGUAUCGCACCUCAAGUUGAACACUAUGGAUGCAUGGUUGACCUAUUGAGCAAGGCUGGUUUGCUUGAGGAUGCUUUAGAGAUGAUCAGAAACAUGACAGUUGAACCUAAUUCUUUUAUAUGGGGUGCCUUAUUAAAUGGGUGUAAGCUUCACAAAAACUUGGAAAUAGCUCAUAUUGCGGUUCAAAAUCUGAUGGUUUUGGAGCCAAGUAACAGUGGUCAUUACAGUCUCCUUGUUAACAUGUAUGCUGAAGAAAAUAGGUGGAAUGAGGUUGCAAAGAUUCGGACAACCAUGAAGGAUCUGGGUGUAGAGAAGAGAUGUCCUGGAUCUAGCUGGGUUGAAAUCAAUAAGACAGUUCAUCUAUUUGCAGCUUCUGAUACAUAUCACCCUUCUUAUAGUCAACUUCACUUGUUGCUAGCUGAACUGGAUGACCAGCUGAGGCUAGCAGGCUAUGUCCCUGAACUGGGGUCUAUUUUAUAAUGACUUAAACUCUUCCAUGUACGAGAAUCCUUAUAAGGAGGAUAGAUAUCUUUAGGAUAGAAAGGUUGAGGUUAUAAUGCAAUUUGUACACAGUGAAGUAAAUGGAGAAAAACCUUGAUAACUCCUUGCAAGGUAUACUCAAAAAAUUUCUUAUUCUCUUGUCUGCCCUGUCAAAUAUUGUCUUCUGAUUGCUGAAGCAGGAAGUUAAAAAUUAGAUGUUUUAUUUUUCAUCAUGUGCAGCGGUAAAGUUGUGCCUUGGUGACUUGUUGGUCAUGGGUUCGAAUCCGGAAACAGCCUCUUUGCAUAUGCAAGGGUAAGGCUGCGUACAACAUCCCUCCCCCAUACCUUCGCAUAGCGAAGAGCCUCCGGGCAAUGGGGUACGAAGUUUUUUAUUUUUCAAAGCAUCCUCAAUAUUGUUUUCAAAGCAUGCUAGUCUUGUUUUUAUUUACUGCUUUUAUGUUCCUGAACAGAAACUUAAAAGUACUGUCUCUAUGCAGGUAUUUUGGCUAUUGAAAGAAACUUGUUCUUGGAAACUAUUAAUCAUUCAUUUUACAAGAACCUAGAGGCUAGAACUCAGCCAAUCUGUUUGUGAUUAUAUUCCGUACAAACAUUAUGUUGACUCCAAAAUGCACUCUCUAGGUGUAUAACUGUUUGAAACUUUCAUUCAGUCCAUAAAUAAAAUGAAGGGGGAAAAUGAAGUUGAAAAUACCAAUAUUGACU